AUGCAGCGACAGCGACACCUGGUGUGCUUUUCCGUCGGGCUAUCGGUACUCGGGUGUAGACAUCGACACGUUUCCGCUGGACGGUACUGCUGUUGCCAUAGUCGAGGUCGCUUUAGAGCAGUGUCUACGCGGACCGCUAUGUUGACGGGGUUAUCGCAACACAAGCCGCUGACGUUCGUUACCAGUAACGAGAAGAAACUCGCUGAACUGCGGGCGAUUCUGCGUGACCUCGUCGGUAUGGAAGUGACGAUCGAGGCGCGACACAUCGACCUUCCUGAGAUUCAAGGUGAAGCCGAGGAUAUUGCGCGCGAAAAGUGUCGAUACGCUGCACGUGCGAUCCAGGGACCCGCCCUCGUCGAAGACACGCAGUUGUGUUACCACGCGUUCGGUGGACUCCCUGGUCCGUACGUCAAGUACUUUUUGCGUAACCUGGGGCCGGAAGGCAUGGAAAAGUUGCUCGCUGCCUGGGACGAUAAACGUGCAACAGCGCAGUGUAUCUUUGCGCUCGCCGUAGACGCCGACGCGGAGCCGCACCUGUUCACCGGCCAGACGCUGGGGCGAAUUGUGGUGCCUCGCGGGAAACGUAACUUUGGUUGGGAUCCCAUAUUUCAACCCGAUGGACACGAGAAAACGUAUGCUGAAAUGAGUGAAGGCGAGAAGAAUGCGAUUUCGCAUCGUUUCCGAGCUGCUUCGAGGCUAGCAGAGUUUCUGCGCAACCAUUACACCACGCGAUAG